UUGUUCAUCUUCUACAGUAACCUCACGUGAUACGAUGAAAAAAUACCAUACCAUUCCAGGCGCCAGGCUCAUAUAUAAAACCUAACCUAUAACUCUCUCUUGUCUCAUUCUCCUAUUCAUCUAUUUUAGUUUCUAAAAGAGAAUCUUAAUUAGGUUAAAAUGGAGAGGCAACCAUGGUGUGACAAAACUGUGAAGAAAGGCCCUUGGACUCCAGAGGAGGACAUCAUUCUUGCUUCUUACAUCCAAGAACAUGGACCUCGCAACUGGAGGUCUGUUCCUGCAAACACUGGACUUUUGAGAUGUAGCAAGAGCUGUAGGCUGAGAUGGACUAAUUAUCUGAGGCCAGGAAUCAAGAGAGGCAACUUCACUGAUCAGGAAGAGAAGCUCAUCAUCCAUCUCCAAGCUCUUCUUGGUAACAGAUGGGCAGCAAUAGCUGCUCAUCUCCCUCAGAGAACCGACAAUGACAUCAAGAACCACUGGAACACUCAUCUGAAGAAGAAGUUGAGCAACAUGCACAUGUACCACAACUACGGUGACCAUCAGGCCAUCAUCGCUAAAGGACAGUGGGAGAAGGCGCUGCAGACUGAUGUCCACUUGGCUAAAAGAGCUCUUUCAGAAGCUAUAUCACUUGGCUUGAAGCCAUCCACCUCAGCCCAAUGCUCUUGCAUCAAACCACCAUUCUCACCAUCCUAUGCAUUAAGCAUGGAGAACAUAUCUCGGUUGCUUCAAGGUUGGAUGACGAAUGACCAAUCAAAGUCUGUGGCUAUCAAUGGAGAUGAGAAGAAGUCUGCAGACUCUCCACCUCAUGACCAGCUGCAACUACAAUCACCUGAAACAUGGUUGUUUGAUGAAAUUGCUGGGGAGGUCAGGCAUGAAUCACUUGGAAGUUAAGUUGCUCCAAAGCUAGUGAUGGUGAUAAAUAUGAGUGAAACCAUUAUUAAUUUCUUGAAGUUAAGGUGUGGUCCGUGUGGACAUUACGUUCCGCAUGAUAAAUAUUGUCUGGUAAUACAUGUAUAUUGAUAGAUACAUAUAGCCUACUUAUUGUACUACUGAAUGUGAGAUAUAAUUACUACUUGAUGUGAGAUAUUAUUAACAUGACAACCUGUCCAGCAAUAAAA